AUGCCUUCGUUUACCGUCUACAAGGGCGCUGCCGAUGGCACGCCCGUCAAGAGCACCACAUCCAAGCCCGACGAGCUCGUCAGCGACCAGGUCCUCCUCAAGGUCCUUGCCUCGGGCGUUUGCGGCACCGAUCUUCACUACCGUAAGAAGGACAUGGUCCUCGGCCAUGAAGGCGUCGGCGAGGUGCAGGCCGUCGGCCCCGAGGUCCGCCAUCUGCAGGUCGGCCAGCGCGUCGGCUGGGGCUACCAGACGGGCUGCUGCGGGCUCUGCAAGCAGUGCCUUACGGGUAACGAGACGUACUGCUCCCAGCGCCAGAUGUACGGCUCGGCCUCGCCCGACCAGGGCAGCUUCGCGGCGCAGGCCGUCUGGCGCGAGCCCUUUCUGUUCCCGCUCCCUGAGGGCCUGAGCAGCGCCGACGCCGCGCCGCUGCAGUGCGGCGGCGCCACCGUCUUCACCGCGCUGCAGGGCGUCAAGCCGACCGAUACCGUCGGCAUCAUUGGCGUCGGCGGCCUCGGCCACCUGGCGAUUCAGUUUGCCAACAAGAUGGGCUGCCGCGUCGUGGUGCUCUCCAGCUCAGACCGCAAGAAGGACGAGGCGACGCGCCUCGGCGGCCACCGCUUCAUCGCGACGAGCAACCUGAAAAAGGGCGAGAAGAGCAAAGACGAGGAUGUGUGGGAGCUCAACCGCCUGCUGGUGACGACGUCGUCCCUGCCGGACUGGGAGGUCAUCAUGCCGAUGAUGGCGAUGCGCUCCGUCAUCAUGCCUCUGAGCGUCGGCGGCGGCGACCUGGUGGUGCCGUACGGGCCGGUGCUGACGCGCGGCGUCACGAUCCAGAGUGCGCUCGUGGCGACGCGCGCCGUGCACAAGGAGAUGCUGGCGUUUGCCGCGCGCCACGGCGUCAAACCAGUCCUCGAGACGUUUCCGCUCAACGAAAAGGGCGCCAAGGAGGCCAUGGACCGCCUGGAAAAGGGCCAGGUGCACUUCCGCGCGGUGCUGCUGCCGGAGGGGGAGGAGACCAAGCACAAGAUUUAG